AUGUCUGGCUUAACAAGAAAGUCGUCUGAUCCACCACGGUACUUCUAUGACUUAAAUCCAGAACAACAAAAAAAUUGGAUGAAAACUACUCGUCGAAUGGAAAAAAAUGAACAACUACGAGCUGAAUAUCCACCUUUUCAUUCACCAUCAAAUUUUACAGUUCUUCAUCUUCACCAUUAUUCAUCAAUCGAAACAAUCGAAGAAUUAAUAAGGAUGGCGAAAACAACACAUAUAUAUACAAUCGACACAGAAUCACAAGUAAUAAACAAGGUAGCAAAAGGUGCCCUCGUACAAAUCCAGUUCGUUCAUUCAAUUCAUGAAUCAACAUUAGUAUUAAUUGAAAUGUUUUACUUACCAAAUCAAGAUUCAUUGUUAUUCAAGAAAAUCAAGGAACUGUGUUCAAUCAUAUUACAUGAUGAAAAUACAAAAAUUACCUGGGGAUCAUUCAAAAAUGAAUUUAAAAAUUUUUAUUCAUAUGGAUUAUUUGAAAAAGGUAAGAUUAAAAAUGCAAUAAAUUUACAGGAUCGUUUUAGUGACUGGUACAAUAAAUCUGCAAGUAUCACGCAUCCCGUAAGGGAAAGUCGUGAAAAGCAAACCAGCUGGUCCUUACAAGAUGCAAUUAAAAUAGCUUUUCAACAAUUUCUGGACAAAAAUGAAACAGUUAACAAGUGGCGUUGUGGACUGGACUUCAAACUCAGCACAUGGAAAAGAAAAUUGUUUAGUAAAAAUCAUUACAAUGCAAAUGAAGAAAAAGAAAAACGUAUUACAAUGAUACAAUAUGCUGUUGCCGACUGCACCGCCGUCACCAAACUUUAUUUUAUGAUAUAUCCAUCAGACUCAGGCAUUCAAACAAGUUAUGAAACACCAACACCAACGACAGCAUCAACAAAUAUGACAUUAAAUAUUAAUGAUUUAUCCGACAUUAGUGAAGAAGAAGAACCUAAAAUAUUAAUGCCAUAUUUCGUUAAACCAACUCAAACAUUAAUACCAAAAUUCAACGAACAAAAUUAUUUAACAAUUGAAACAACUGAAGAAGAAAUGAACGAAUUUAAUGUGCAAGAACAACAACAAGCACAAGAACAAACAACAAUAACAAAAUUAUCAAAAUCUGAAAAACAAAGAAAGAAAAAUCUGAAAUUAAAAUGGAAACAAAAAUAUCAUCCCAAUUUUCAACACAAAAUAAAAAGGCCCAUUUACUACCGAUAUGAUUACCAAAAAGUUAGGGCUCAAUUAAAAGAUGAUGAUAUUUAUACAAGCCAUCAAUUGAACAUUAAUCGACAUAAAAAAGAAGUUUUAAUUGGUUUUAAAUCUGAAACUGAACAAGAACAAGCAAGAAUUAAAAUGCCAAUUAAUUACUUCUCCAAAAAACAAUAUGAACAACGUUGGGGUUAA